UGAUGAGAAAUACAGGCUGGUCUUGACUCAAACACGUCUGACCACAGGGUCCUUGACAAGCUUCUAUCCUGUUUAGAACUUGGUUCUGUUAAAUAUAAACUAUUCUAAACAUUAGCUGACCUGAACCGGGCAGGUCACUUUGAAAUGGGAUUAUAUUCUUGAUAGUUUAUGACUCGUGACGCGAAUAUAGCUCAGUGUGCCGUCUGCUGCUGAACCCAGUGCCUGUGAGUUACCCUGCAGCCCGGAUCCGGAGUAGAGGCUCUACUCCAGACGAGAGCUGUCCCAGAAGAGGAGAUUUAUUCCGACCCCUGACCAGCAGCAAUGGGAGUUGAGAAAAUGGAAAUGAAGGAAGCAGCCAGUGCUCUGAUGGAGAAGGGAGAGAAGCCGCCUGCGAGCAAACCAAGCAAAUACGAGAAGCUGUUCCAACCCUGUGUGGCUGAGUUAGUGGGGACCAUGUUCUUUGUUUUCAUCGGGUGCGUGUCCGUCAUCGAGAACGUGCCGGCGGCCGGGCGGCUGCAGCCUGCGUUGGUGCACGGACUGGCUGUGGCAGUGAUGGUGGCAGUCAUGGAUAACAUUAGUGGAUCCCAUUUUAACCCUCCCUUCACUAUUGCCAUCUAUCUGUGUGGGGGCAUGGAGCUGAUCAUGGUGGGGCCAUACAUUGUGAGCCAGCUGAUUGGAGGGGUGCUUGGAGCUGGAAUGGCCAAGAUCAUGACUCCUGCAGGGCGCUAUUUAAAUGCCACAGGAGCAGCCUUUGACAUCCUGAAGUCGCAGGACCAGCUGUCUGGCGCCAUCUUUGGUGAGGUGGCCAUGACCUGCCUGGUCACGAUGGUGGUGCUGCUGGUGGCGGUCAACAGCAAGACAAAAACCCCUCUGGCUCCGUUCCUGGUGGGCUGCACCGUCAUCAUCAACGUCUUGGCAGGAGGCGAUAUAUCAGGGACGUGUCUGAACCCGGCCAGAGCUUUCGGCCCAGCUGUGAUGGCCAACUACUGGACGUACCACUGGGUGUACUGGGUCGGUCCCAUCGGAGGAGGCGUAGUAGCCGCCGCUCUGCUCAGACUAAUCCUCGGGGACAAUAAGUUACGACUCGUUAUGAAAUCAUAGCCGUCAACAUUAUGUGUUUAUUACUCGAGCAAUAUUACCCAACCUGGAACCAUUGCCUCUCUCCAGAUAUCACGAGAUAUGUGAACGUGUCAUAAUGUUAUGUAAUCUGUUCCUCUAGACAUUUUUAUUAUGUAUAUAAACGGUAUGAUCACAUUGUGGAUUUGACAUUAUCAAUAAAAACACAAAACAUAUGAUCGCUUACUUUGUUUUUCUGCCCAUAACAUGUCCACAUAAUUAGGACAAUCAAAUUUUUGACCCAUAACAUGUUAACACACACAAAAGACGCAGUUGAACAGGUUUAUUAAUUAGAUGCGAUUUAUUUUUUCAUUUGUCUGCAUGGGUUUUGGGCUGGGCGCGUGGCAGAGCCUCCGCUGCAGCUCAGCGGUACCUCUCAGAGAUACCCAGGGCCACGUUGCCCAGGAACUUGUCCAUAGACACGUGAGCCUCGGGGGUGAAGUCAGCGGGGAACAAGUUGGCGAUCAC